GCCCCCAUCUCCAUUCAUCCCUUCUUUCUUCUCUCUUCUUCGAUCGAUCCAAAUGGGAACCGAGGUUCUCCGUCCACGAGAUUGCUUGCCGCCGGUGACUCCCGCCGGAACCCUCUUCCAUCGCCGGAACCCUAACCCUAAGUCCUCCCGAAAGCCCUCAUGGUCCCCUCGUCCAGAUCCCAAGAAGCAACGAGAAGGUUCCCCAAAACCUUCAAAAUCCACCUCCUCGAGCCACAUCGUCGCUGGACACGUGACGAUCCUCCAGAGAGGUCAACCCCUUGACGCGUUCCGGCGGGCAGAUGACACCGUGUUCGGGAUCGGACGGCUGGGGCCCGAGCCAGAUCUGAUCCCGAGGACGGUCUGGAAAGAGGACCGGACGGCCGGGGAGAUCUACGCCGGCGCUGGCUUCUUAGUUUCAGCACCAGCUCCUAGCGCGCUUCCCCUGCCUAACUUCUCUACCAGACGGGUUGUGGCCGUUGACCAGACGGCAACCAGAGAUCUCCGGCGACUUCUCCGGCUGGACUGAAAACAAAAAAAAAGAAAAAGAAAAGGGGGUUUCUGUUUUCCUAGGGACCUAAUCAGAAUUUUCACGUCUGUUUUUGAGGAACGUGAAAAGUAGAUUAGGUAAUUUGAGGAGAAUAGAGGGGGUUACGUGAAAAAAAACAAGGGAUGAGGAAAGUGUUCUGGUGUAGCAUGUGAUGUCUAAUGAAUGUUGUGAAGCAGUUGAUCAAACUCUAGCUUUUUUUUUAA